GAUUAGAACGGGUUCCAGUCGCUUGGGGGCGUUGGGGGGCUGGAGGGCAAGAGGUUACGCGCCUCAGCUCCCACCUUGGGUCGUUCGCCUGCACCCAGUCUAACCUGGCACCUAAAGAUUUCACUCUGUCCUUGGCCCCUCACCAUUGUCUCAGAGUUUAAGCCUUAACGGAUGAAGGAAAAAGAUUAUUUGUGAAAAGAAAUUAUCUAACACUUCUCAUCUAUCUAACUGGAGUUUCACUAGCUGGAGAUUCCAUUGGCCAUUUUCGUGGGAAAUUUUUUUCUGGUUGGUGUAUUACUUUAUUCAGUGAUAAUAUGAAAAUUACUAUCUUCACUGAAGGAUCUACUGAAUAAUCAUUUUAACUCAACUAUAUUGCAUUCUUGAAAGCAAUCCUUUCAAUUGAUCUACUGACUUCACAAUGUCUGAAAUCAGAUUCACCAAUCUCACUUGGGAUCAAGUUGUAACACUGGAUCAAGUGUUAGAUGAAGUAAUUCCAAUUCAUGGAAAGGGGAAUUUCCCCACAAUGGAGGUAAAACCAAAAGACAUCAUUCAUGUUGUGAAAGAUCAACUCAUAGGGCAAGGAAUUAUUGUUAAAGAUGCCAGAUUGAAUGGUUCUGUAGCAAGUUACAUACUUUCAAGCCAUAAUGGAAUCAGCUAUAAGGAUCUGGACGUUAUUUUUGGUGUUGAGCUUCCAGGUAACGAAGAAUUUCAGGUUGUUAAGGAUGCAGUUCUAGGCUGUCUACUUGACUUUUUACCAAAAGAUGUAAAGAAGGAAAAGCUCUCCCCAGAUAUCAUGAAAGACACUUACGUACAGAAAUUGGUCAAGGUUUGCAAUGGGCAUGAUUGUUGGAGUCUUAUCUCCCUUUCAAAUAACACUGGGAAGAAUUUAGAACUAAAAUUUGUGAGUUCACUCAGACGGCAGUUUGAAUUUAGUGUAGAUUCCUUUCAAAUUGUUUUGGAUCCCAUGUUAGACUUCUACAGUGACAAAAAUGCCAAGCUAACCAAAGAAUCCUAUCCUGUUGUGGCAGCUGAAAGCAUGUAUGGAGACUUCCAGGAAGCAAUGACACAUUUGCAACACAAGCUCAUAUGUACCAGGAAACCUGAAGAGAUUAGAGGUGGUGGCCUUCUGAAGUACUGCAGCUUGCUGGUUCAUGGCUUCAAGCCAGCCUGUAUGUCAGAAAUCAAAAACCUAGAACGUUAUAUGUGCUCUAGAUUCUUUAUUGAUUUUCCUCAUAUAGAAGAACAGCAAAAGAAAAUUGAAUCAUACCUCCACAACCAUUUCAUAGGUGAAGGAAUGACCAAGUAUGACUACCUUAUGACCUUGCAUGGAGUUGUGAAUGAAAGCACCGUUUGCCUCAUGAGUUAUGAAAGAAGACAGAUUCUCCACCUGAUCGCCAUGAUGGCUUUGAAAGUACUUGGAGAACUAAAUAUUCUACCCAAUACACGAAAGGUAACUUGCUUUUAUCAGCCUGCUCCGUACUUUGCAGCUGAGGCAGGGUACCCUAUUUAUGUAAUGCCUGAGCCGCCCCCCGUUAGCUUCCAGCCAUACCACCCACUGCACUUUCGUGGAUCAAAUGGUAUGAGUUAAAAAAUACACACGCAACCAUAGAAACUUUGAUUUAAUUAAACACCAUUUAAAAGCAAGUUUCCAAAUGUAAAAUUCAAGAUCUGUUUUUAUUUUUGUACAGUUACCAAUUAUUUUCAAUUACAGUUGAUGGAAUAGUAGUUACCAACUAUUUUUGAUCAAUUAAGCCAUCAUAGUAAAUACAAUAUCUAUAAACCAACCACUUUAAAUGUUUUUCAAACGUUAUUGACUAGCUAUAAUAACUUUCAAAUGUUGUGUUCCCCUUGAAGUGAUUUUCAAAUCUUUUGACUACUUGUGACUUUCAAAUUUACUGUGACAAAUAUAUUAGAGAUGCCUGCAUCUUUGACUAUAACAUAAAAGGACAAAUUCAUGUUUUAAAAUUAAGAUGUACAGUGAAGUAUCAAAUUUUUUAUAUUCAGUCAGUUCCUUUGUUACAUUUAGUUCUUUUUUUCUAUUGAACAAUACCAUCAAUAAAUUUUCAGUACUUAACAGAAAUGCCUAAUUUCAAAAGCAACAGAUUCAGAAGACAUUAAAACCCUGGACUUUUCAAGCAUUUUUUUUGACAAUUAAAUUGGGUUGGAUACAAAAAUCCUACUAUAGUUUAAAGGAAUACUGGAAAAAAAAUGGUUCUGGAAAGCCCUGGACAUUAGUAAUUUGUCAUCUAUAUAAUAAAACAUGGAUUUGAAUAACAAUACCAUACAGCUGUGCAACUACUACUGAGAUCAGAUACAGGGUUUUUUUGCCCCUCAAAAUAAGUUAAAACGAAUGAAAAUGACCAGCUCUGAAUGUGAAAGCUUUCUAUCAUCAUCUACUACAAAGAGACUCUAAAUGGCAAACAGGAAAAAAACAGGCAGAGGUUUAUAGCCAUAGCAUUUACCAUUUUAUGGCUUAUUUGAAAAACAUCUUUAUGUUGAGAAACAUUCCAUUUCAGUAAGUUAAAAUAUUUUCAUUGUAACUAAAUGAAGCAGGUUUUUCACUUUGCCUUUACCAAAGAUCAUUUUCUAACAUGCCACUCAAGUGCCUCUUCGUGUGAAUUUUUGCCUAACACUAUAAUUUAUUCAACAACUGUGUACCUUUACAGUAUAUCUAAAUAUAUACUUACCACAUCGAGUAUACUGCUAGAAAAAUCUACCAGUGGGAUUAAAAAUGUAUUUUCUUCCCAUAAUGAAAAUAAUUCAUGACCAAUAUUACCUGAAGUGUCAGAAGAGGAGCUGUCUUAAAUUAAUAUGGAUCAGGCCAUUGGAAAACUUCAGUAUUUCCACUUGGUUAUGAUUCUUUGUGAGUUUCCAUUUCAGUUUUUAUUGACCAUCACGUUUUCUAUCACAACAUGACCUGACAGUUGUAUCCUGAUAAUUUGCCAGUUAUAGACUGUGCUUAUCUUCACUGUAUUACAAUAUUGGACAGAAGUACACCAAAUAUGGCAUUUUCAAAUAACCAAUAUUUCCGAGAUGUUUUAUACCACAGCACAAGUGGCCAUCAGUAUAUUUUUAAAGAAUUAUAUAUCACAGAACCCUGAGGCUUUAAAACACUGUAGACUUACCACUUUCUUGACAAAGAAUUUGUAAUUACAAUAAAAUAUUUAGAAAUGAAAGGACUAUGAUUGUGAUGUCAUGGGUAUAGAUUCAGUAGGUUCAAUAUUUUCCAGAGUGGUAUUUGACACUGAAUAGCAGAAUUCUGAAGCUAUUUGGAAAUAUAUCAUACCCCAUGUGCUCCCAUAGCUUUCUUUGAUCCUUGAGAAUUUAAACUCCUUCUUUCCUAAAAAGCAAAUUAUUUAUGGUAUUCUCCUAAAGCUUUAAGUCCUGAUGGAAGAAUGGCCUGAAAGCUAGGUAUGUUCUCCUAACAUUUUAAGCAUGUAUUUCCCUUGUAACAGCAAAGCUCUCAGAACUGCUAUCUAUGAUUUUCUCAAGAGAAAGAAUUUAAACCUCUUGAAUGGGGAUGGUAUCACUGAAGAAAAAGAUGUAGCUUUAUUUCUCAUGGCUUGCUUUCUAUAGAGACCGUUACCAAGCUAGUACUUUGCUCCCAACCAACCAGAAAAAUAUCAGUCUUCAAUAGUGUAUGAAUAUCUCUCCAGGAUUAGGCUAGUUCCCUUGAGAAGGAGUAUUAUUUCAUUCUGCUGAUUAGGGUAGUAAAUGGAAAAAUUUUUCUGUAAAUUAAUGAAUGCUAGCCUCUUUGCCAAAAGGAGUUAAUAGAAGUUAUUUUUUUAAAAACCCUACUCUAAAGCAUAUGACCUCCCAUUACCAAAGAGAAACAGUAUUAUCUUUGCCUGUUUAAUAUGUAGCCAUUUUAUUUUGUACAAACGCAAUACUGAGUCUUGGUUUAGGAAGUUUUUUUUUUUUCAGGAACCUAACCAAAACCAAAAAAGAAAGCAAUUUUUAAUAUAAUUCUAACAUUCAUAUCUGUGAGACAAAUUUUGUCAGCUACAGAUACAUAUUUUUUAAACCAGAAUAUUCUUGUAUUUCAAAAAUAUCCACACAUUAUUAUCAAACUUCUACAAGUAGGGUAUUUAUAACUUUUAAAGUUUUAUAUAUUCUUCUAAUAGUGACUCAUGCCCAAUUUAGUUGAACAGAAUUGAAAGAGAAGGAUUAACUAGUUGAUUUAAUUUAGAGAAAAGCCAGCUAAAUUCAAGACAAAAAUAUCAGAGCUAGAAAUGUCAACCUCCCCUCAAAACUGGAAAAGGCUUCUGUGCCCAAAUUCCAUCUUCUUACAUCAGCAAAGAUCUAUUAAAAUACAUUCAAAUUAGAGAGUUUAACAUUUGUCUUUAAAGUCACAGUUUAGUUAUGCAUUGAUAAAAAUAAGAUGAAAAAUGCCUCAGAUACAAUUAAAAAUCCUUUUUAUUCAGUGCAUCUAUUACCUGGAAGUAGUCAUUCAACUUUAAAAAUAUGGGAAGUUAAAGCAUAUAAUUGAGAACAUUGUUGAAGUUUUAAAGUUUCCAAUACUUUUCAAAAUUACAUUGAUUUAAGAGUGCAUAUGUCUCACUCAUUGAAGAUUUUCAGAAAUAUAACUUACAUUGUAAAUUAACAUUAAAACAGGAUUGGGAGAUAUGUAGAACUACAAUUUGGUAAAUAUUUUCAUGAAGACCACUUUGAUAAGGCAUCAAACCCAACAUUUUAACCUAAUCUGAGAUUUAUUUCCUUUACCAUUGUAAAAUAAAAUGCAUUUAACAUUU